AUGGUGGGCUUGUCGAGGAAUCGGACGCCGUCAGCGGCCACCGUUCCAGCUGCUCCAACGCCAUCGAUUCCAUGGCUGGCCAAGAUUCACCCCUACUUCCGCGAUGUAGAACGUGUCCUCGUCCUUAAGCUCGAUAUCCUCCUCCUGUCGUGGGCCUUCGUCGCCGGCCUCAUGAAGGACAUGGAUCAGUCCGCCACAACAUCCGCCUACGUAUCGGGCAUGCAGGAGGCCCUCUCGCUCUACGGCAACGAGCUCGUCAAGUUCGCGACCUACUUCUCCAUCGGCUACGCCUUGUUCAUCGUCCCAUCCCAGCUCGUCCAGACCCGCAUCUGCCCGUCGCUCUGGCUGCCGUUCUGCGAGGUCGUCUGGGGUGCCCUCACCCUGGUGACGUUCGCCGCACGCAAAGCCCGGACCGUGUACAUUCUACGCUUCUUCCUGGGGGUCUUUGAGGCCACUUCGUGGCCAGGCAUCGUCAGCCUCAUCUUCAACUGGUAUACCCCUGCGGAGAUGGGCAAGCGCCUCGCCAUCUUCGGCGUCAGCAGCGUCGCGGGCCGCAUGUUCCUCGGCAUCCUGCAGGCCGCGCUGUACAGGAACCUCAACGGCGUGCACGGGCUAGAGGGCUGGCAGUGGCUGUUCGUGGUAUCGGGGGCUAUGACCGUGGCUUGGGGCGCCUACGGCUUCCUCGUCAUCCCGGACGCGCCUACGACGACCCGCGCACUGUGGCUGACCAGUGAAGAGCGCGCUCUUGCCCAGUCGCGCAUGGCACGGUCGGGGACCACCACGCAGGAGCCCGUCAAGGGCAAGGUGCUCUGGGCCCGCGUCCGUGGCUUGCUCACCUCGCCGAUCGCCUACCUGUUCCUAGCGGCUUACCUCCAGUUCGCCUGGUCGCAGCGCGCCAACUCGUACUUUCUGCUGUACCUCAAGGGCCUGAAGGAUACAAACGGCCAGCCUCUGUACUCGGUCUACACGGUCAACCUGAUCCCGCUGGGCGGGUACAGCAUCUCCAUCGUCUCCAACAUCGUCCUCAACGCGCUGAGCGACUUCAAGAACUGGCGCUGGCAGGUCGCCAUUGGUGCUGCGUUAGUGCAGCUCGUUUCCACAUCGGUGCUCGCGGCAUGGCCGGGAGGCAGGGGCACUAUCAUGACGUUCUACUUCCUAACGUUCGCGACAGCGGCGUGGGGCUACGCUCUUCUAGCCUGGCUUGCCAUCAUCCUGCGGAAGGAACCCGAGGCGCGCUCCGUGAUCGUCGGCCUGGCCGUAACGCUGGUCUAUGUCGGGCACGCUACCAUCCCGCUCCGAGCGUGGCGGACCGCAGACUCGCCCAUGUAUCCCGUUGGGUUUCCCCUGGCGGCUGCGUUCAGCGCCGGUGGUAUCAUCGCGAUCUUGGGCAUGUAUUGGUAUGUACGGAAGUAUCCAGAAAUAAUCGAGUUUGGACUCAACUGGAAGACCACGUCGAGAGCCGGCGAGGCUUCUGCUACUAGGAGCAGAGAUGGCUCUGUGGAUCUCGACGAUGUGGAGGUUGGCAUUCAGGACAAAGACGAUGCUCAAAAACGUUCCGUGGUGGACACAACGAAAACUUUGUCUUGA